UGCACCUGUGGUGAAAUCCUUUCUAAGGUGCCUGUGGGGAUCCCAAGGUCCUGACCCACCCCUGGGGCGUUCGGGCCACUCCCCUCAUUACAGUGGCGCUCAGUAUUUCCCCUUGUGUUGGGCUCUUACAGUCCUAUAGGCAAAGGAGCCUGCCCUCCACCCUCCCCUCAAAAAAACACUUCACUUAUGCGCCUGUGCCCUGGCUUCUCUCUGUCCCCCUAUUGUAUAGGGCCCAGUGAAGCAGCCUUAGUGGCCUGGAAUGGAAGGAUAUUGGGGCGUUAGGGUUUUUUUUUUUAUCUUAUCACUCCUAUCUUGAGGCUGCCUAUGUUUCUUGUCCCAUCUUGUGAAUACGUGGUUCCCAUAUUUGCUGGCAGGAAAUGCCCUCUCUGCUGAGGCAAAAUAAUUAUAGGCAAAACCUCAUUGUCCAAGAUGUAUGCAGUGUGAAACAAAGUUUGAUUUCAUAACCAGAAAGCACCAUUGCCGGAGAUGUGGGAAGUGCUUUUGUGACAAGUGCUGCAGUAAAAAAGUGCCUCUGCCUCGUAUGUGCUUUGUAGAUCCUGUGCGCCAGUGUGCUGAAUGUGCUUUCAUCUCUCAGAAAGAAACAGAAUUUUAUGACAAGCAGCUUAAAGUGCUUAUGAAUGGUGCUACAUUCUCUGUUGCUCGGGGAACAUCAGAAAAAUCGGAGAUGAUGGUUUGUCGACUUUCCAACAACCAGAGAUAUCUGUUUCUGGAUGGAGACAGCCAUUAUGAAAUUGAAAUUGCACAGAUUUCAACUGUCCAGAUACUUACAGAGGGAUUUACUCCUGGAGAAAAAGAUAUUCACACUUAUACCAGCCUUCUGGAGAGCCAACACAUUACGGAAGGAGGCAAUACUCGUGCCACAGGUAUGCUCCUGCAGUAUAAGGCACCAGGGUCAGAGGAGCUCACACAGAUGAAAUUUACUGCCAGUGAAGACUUCAAUUCUAACAAGAAGCUGUCAGCAGCCUGGCUAGCAGCUAUGCAUAAGGCAGCAAAACUCCUUUAUGAAUCCCGGGACCAAUAACAGCAGCAAGUUGUCUGAGAUCUGAGGGAAGAGACCAGCUCUAUGAAAAACCGCUUCUCACUCUUUGCUAGUUACUUUGAUCCAUGUAAUUGGUAUUAUGAACCCCUCUCUACCCCAAAUGUGGUUCACUAUGUAAGCACUGGCAAAAGCAAUGUGAGUAUUUUGGAACCAUGAGUAUUCACUUAUCUAGUGUGCAAUAUGUAUACAAUUAAUGCUUUAAACAGCCUCAUGUUUAAGACUUUAUAUUAUUUUGUUAAGUCUUCGUAUUGGCACUUAAUAUGGAAAAUGAAAGUAUGACCUGCACUACAGCUAAAAUGUAUAGCACAAUUUUUGUAGUACCAAUUAUGUAUACUAUAUGUAUUUAAUUUGUUGGCUACAAACAGCAAACAAAUGUAUUUGUAAGUCUCUUCUACAGAGAAUAGCUUUUUGGGUAUAGAUCUCAGGUUUUUUUCUUAUCCAAAUGUUGAAGAUCAAUGUACAAUGAAAUCUGCCUUAGAUACCCUUUUAUAGAAAUAAUCAUUUUGGGUUCUCAACAUGUGAUCAAACACUUUAAAGAUAAGUUUCAUCAAAUACCACAAACUGGCUUGUAUGAACGUGACCUUUUGGAGCCACCCUUAUGUAGGAAAAUAUAAGCUUCCCGAAAAUGAUUUUGAAGUUUUAUAUUCAUUUUACUUGUGGUAAUGACCUUUUGCUAAUUAAUCAGAUUAUUGUAACUAAUGUUUGGACAUAUCGUAUACAGUAUUUUAAAUGUACAAGUCUUAUGGAUCAGAUGAAUUCAUACUUAAUGAAAAUAAGCAAAAUGCUCAAGAUAGCAUUCACUUUAACUUGCUAAGCAACUUAAGCUAACUUUCAACCUUAAAGACUUCAAUAUUCUUGGUUUGAGUGGAGGAGAGAAUAAAAGGUUAUUUACAAUA